AUGGGAAUUUCGAGGUUUGGGUCCUACUGUGCCUUUGCGGUGUGUGAAUUCUACAAACGUGCGGAGAGACAUGGAGGGUCUCACCAGGCGCUGGACUACGCGGGCUGCGUGCUGAACAACUGGGAGCGCAUCGACCCUUUGGGCCCUGUGAGCCCCCAGAACGUGCGGCUACUGCGGCGGUUUACGGGCCUUGUGGACGAGGAGUGGUUUUUCAAGACCCACAUCAUCAUUGAGGUGCUUGGGCGAGCGUUGUGCGGUGUGACACGGAGCAGCAGGCCAUCCAUGGUUCAGAAUCCUCAAAACAAAUCAAACGCAAGGCUUUCUGCGAGAACAGAAACUGGGCAGCUGCGGAGAUUAGGGGGUUUGUGUGUCUGUGUGUGA